GCUCGAGCCUUGGUGGUGACGGUCGCAGAAGUCCGCCUGACGUGCUGUCGCGCCUGCUAGUUUAUUUAGCAUAGCUAGCACCUCGGCGGGGACAAGACUUGUUAUGGCGUCCCUCGGUAACUCGGGGGCCAGCUCCAGUCCCAUGGUCAUUCUGGCACCCAAAACUAAGACGAAAAAGAAGCAUUUUGUGCAGCAGAAGGUGAAAGUGUUUCGUGCCAGCGACCCUGUGCUGAGUGUGUUUAUGUGGGGCGUGAAUCACUCGAUAAAUGAUCUCAGCCAGGUUCCUGUUCCAGUUAUGCUGUUACCCGAUGACUUCAAGGCAAAUACCAAGAUCAAAGUCAACAAUCACCUCUUCAACAAAGAAAAUCUCCCAGGACAUUUCAAGUUCAAAGAAUACUGUCCUCAGGUCUUCAGAAAUCUAAGAGAGCGUUUUGGUAUAGAAGAUCUGGAUUAUCAGGUGACACUCACCCGCAGCCCCCCAGUGAGGAGUGCAGAGGACCAGGGAGAGAAUCUUCUCCUAAAUUCUUAUGACCGAACACUAAUCAUCAAACAAAUCUCCAGUGAGGAUGUGGCAGACAUGCACAACAUCCUGUCAGAGUAUCAUCAGCACAUUGUCAAGUGUCAUGGGAGCACCCUGCUGCCCCAGUUCCUGGGUAUGUACCGGGUUGGCGUGGAUAGUGAAGAGACCUACCUUAUCAUCAUGAGGAACAUGUUCAGCCACAGACUGGUGGUACACAGGAAGUACGAUCUGAAGGGUUCUCUGGUGUCUCGUGAAGCAAGUGACAAAGAAAGGGGGAAGGAGCUUCCAACCUUCAAGGACGUGGAUUUCAGGAACAACAUGCAGAAAGUCUAUGUAACGGAGGAGCAGAAGGAGAAGUUUAUGGAAAAGCUCAACCGAGAUGUGGAAUUUCUGGUGAAGCUGAAGAUUAUGGACUACAGUCUGCUGCUUGGCAUCCACGACAUUGGUCGAGCUGAACGGGAGGAGGAGGAGGGUGAAGAGGUUCCCAAUGAGGAAGAUCAGGAGACAGAAAAUGGCAUAGCACAAGCCGCCGCGGUGGGCUCUUACGGCACCUCUCCUGAGGGAAUUGCUGGUUAUAUGUCGUCCUGCAAACCCCUUGGACCCGGGGAGUUUGACCCUUACGUGGAUGUCUAUGCAAUCAGGAGCUUCCCAGGAGCGCCACAGAGAGAGAUUUAUUUCAUGGGCCUGAUUGAUGUACUUACGCAAUAUGACACUAAGAAGAAAGCUGCUCAUGCUGCAAAAACUGUCAAACACGGGGCUGGUGCUGAAAUCUCUACAGUCCACCCGGAGCAGUACGCCAAAAGAUUUCGGGAAUUCAUCUCAAAUAUUUUUGCAUAAUGUGAAGCUCCAAUAGCUGCCGAUGGUCAAAGCAGCUGACAGUUUAUUUUCUGGUGACCAAAAACAAUGUGGGCACACAGAUCAAUAUUUGAAUUUGGUGAUCUCAUAUGAGAAGUACUUACUUUGUUGCAAUAAUAUGUUGUGCGUACUUCUGAUGCUUGUAUUUAUUUUUAAGGUUUAAGCUGUAUUUCUUAACAAUGCUAAGCACACUUAACAUUUAACACUUCACUCUAGAACAAUAGAGUACAUGGAAACAAACUGCUUUUGACCAGUGUUCACAAUGUUGGAGCAAGUCAGUGCUCGAUCAAAAGUAUUCGUUUUAAUUAUUUCUUUGUCACUUUGCUGCGAUUUACCAGAAAUGUAAAUUAAAUUCAAAAAUAAUAAGUAGUGGGGGUGGGGUAAAUCUAACAUAUCUAAUUAUCACAAUAACAGUGAUCUGGUUGUGAGACUUGAUGAACAUAAUUUUAUCUGUUGAAAUUUGCCAUGUGAAUGGUUUGAGUGCCAAAUGUUUGAAUCAAAGCGUUAUAGCACCCAGUUGCACUUUUGAAUAGGUUUAAAUGCACAUGGCCCUGUCGUGACUAUCGACGGCAUGCGGUCUGACGUGUGUGUGUGUGUGUGUGUGUGUGUGUGUGUGUGUGUGUGUGUGUGUGUGUCCAACUCCACUUUGCCAUUGACAUAUGAUAUGAGCGCAGGGUCCGAAGGGGUUGCAUAUAGUCACUUAUGUAGUCAUGGGUGUGUUUUUGGUCUAAUGUGAAACAAACUAAUGUGUCACUGUUGGAUGUAAGAGCUCGAGUGCCCUGGAGCCUGGCCCUUUGUUAUUCAGGCAACAGUUUUAAGUGAGAGGUUGUCUGUUGAGUUGAUCUGCGCACAUCACUUCACAGAAAAACGGCCACCAAAGCUCCCUGAGGUGAAGCAGUAAGGUGAUGUUUUGUAUUUUUUCAGUCGUGCUUACUUUUAUUUCAUUUAAUUGUUUUAAACUUGGUAUUGUUUUGAGUACAGUCAGAGUGUAUGUGUUGUGAACUCACACAUUGAAAGUAUCUGAAUAUUGAGCAGCGUAAAUGCCA